AUGGAUAGCGUCAAGAAGCUCUGGGAAGAUGCUAAGGAGGUCUUCACUCCAAAGGAACCCACCGUUCAGGAGAAAGCCGCUGAAAAGGCCGAUGAAGCCAAUCAGGCCGCUAGAGAUGCUGCAGAAACGAUGAGAGAGAAGUCCAAGACAGCUGGCGAUGCGAUGAAGGAUACUGUCACUGCAGGCGGCGAAACGCUGGGGCAAAAGGCCACGGCAGCUGGUCAAACGAUGAAAGAGAAGGCUGCGGCAGGUGCCGACAAGAUGGGUGGUGAAGGAACCGCUGAUAAGAUCUCUGAUAAAGCUAAUAAGGCGGCGGACAAGACUGUGGAUGCUGUCAACACGGCUGCGGACAAGGUUGCGGAUGCUGUCCACAGGGCCACCGAAGCUGUGACCAAUCCGGACGACGAGAAAAAGCAUCAGUCGGGAUAA